AUGAAGCUCAGCACAGAGACAAUUCUCCAAUCUGGGCAUGGCCUCUCCCCGACUGGAGAUCGGACCCUCUACCUUCGAGACUCGAGGAUUUCGGUACUGGCGAACCUGGGAGCCACCAAAGACGACUACGACUGCAUAGAUUUGAGCAACAACGACAUCAUAAAGCUCGAAAACUUUCCCCUUCUUCCACGGCUCAAGACUUUGGUAAGUUAA